UACCACUCUCAACAAACUAAAAAACUCAGAAAGAAAAAAUGGCGGAGAAGGUGAUUCUGCUUGAUUUUUUUGCUAGCAUGUACGGAAUGAGGGCUCGGGUGGCGCUAGCCGCAAAAGGCGUGGAAUACGAGUUCAAAGAGGAGGACUUGCGCAACAAAUCCCAGCUUCUUCAUCAAUCCAACCCCAUUCACAAGAAAAUCCCAGUUUUGAUUCAUAACGAUAAACCCGUUUGCGAGUCACUUAUCAUUGUUGAGUACAUCGACGAGGUUUGGAACCACAAAUACCCUCUUUUGCCCUCCCAUCCUUACCAGAGAGCCCAAUCUAGGUUCUGGGCUGAUUACAUCGACAAAAAGCUGUAUGAUGCUGCAAGGAAGACGUGGACUAAGAGUGGGGAAGAGUUAGAAGCGGGGAAGAAGGAAUUCGUAGAGAUUCUGAAGCAGAUGGAAUCGGAGCUGGGAGACAAGGCCUUCUUCGGUGGAGAGAGCUUUGGAUUUUUGGAUGUGGCAUUGGUCACAUAUACGGCGUGGUUCCACACCUACGAAAAGUGUGGUGGUUUCAGCAUUGGGGAGCACUGCCCCACACUCAGUGCGUGGGUGAAGAGGUGUUUGGAGAUAGAUUUUGUGUCGAAUUCCUUGGUUGAUCCGGUCAAGGUUUACGAGUUUGCUUUAAAGAUAAGGAAGGUGUUCGGUAUCGACCCCUCCUAAUUUUGCUACUAUGUCACGUUGUGUUUAGGAUAAUAACACCACCUUUCUCUCUCUCUUUAUCGGUGGUUGAGAAAUUUAAAGUUGAUGUUGAUGCUUAGGUGCAUCACCACAUGCACCAAAAGAGAAAUCUGGAAUUUGAGAUUUUUAAUA